AUGCAAUCUGUCUUUCUAUUCCAGCGGCUUUCUGCACUGGUGAGGCUUUGGAGGAGCUCUUCCAACUUUAUCGUGCCAUUAUUCCUUCAUCACUCUGUCUGCUUUGCUUCCUCGUUGGCGGUGCAAGGGAGAGGAAAAGGAACCGUACGGCCAGCAAUGUCGCGACGAGUCAUUGUGGUGGAUCCCGCCUGGGCACCGGUGGACGAAGCGCACUAUAACACAUCAUGGAAACAGCUGCAAGAUGAGGCAAUGUGCUGCGGCUUUAUUGGGUUGGAUUUGGAGUGGACGUCGGGGCUCAAACCCGCCCCAGAGGAGGUGGAGGAGGAGAAGAACAAUAGCGACGGUGCCGCCGACGCGGAGGGCAGGGGCUGCAAGAGACGCGGAGGCACCGUGGGGCCUGUGGCGGUGGUGCAGCUGAGCACAUUUUCCGCCACCUUCGUAAUCAAGCUGUCCGAUCUCGCUCGCAUGGUGCAUGAUGAGGAUCGCAAGGGUGUCUCUGAGGCCGCCACCGCUGCCGCGUCCUCGCCGCUGGGCGUCGUCAUGGACAACUUGCGCUCCCUCCUGGGAAACAAACAUGUGGCGAAGGUGGGUGUGGGUAUCCUUGGCGACCAGGAGAAGCUCCAGCGUGACUACGCCGUGUUGCGGCUUUCUCCCUGCGUUGAGCUGGCCGUGCUGGCCCGACAACUUUUCCCUGCAAGUGAGGAGGUGAUGCGACUGCGCAGCCUAAAGGACCUCGCCGCUCGCUUUGCUGGCACAAACCUCAAGAAAGAUAUCCUCGUGACGCGUAGCGACUGGGGCAGCCGCCUCGGGCCGCUCUCUCCGCUUCAAGUGCAGUACGCCGCGGCGGACGCGGAGGCAUCCUUUGACGCCUGUUUGGGCAUGUGUGGGGAGUCCACCCUCGUUGCCGGCGACAACGACGACUCGGAUGAUGUCAGUGAGACGCGGAGUGCGGUGUGGACCGUGAAAUCGAUCCUGCGGACUGUGGCCGAGGUGAAGGCAAAGACGUCUCGGAAGGCUCAGUUGGCGAAGCCUGCGGCGGACUGCCGUCGUGCCGCGUUGUGGUGCAAGGGUCGCACCAAGCCGUACUACGAUAACAUAUUUGUGUACGAUGCGGAGAUGCGCCUUGUCUUCACCGUGGAUAAGGCCAAGGCGGAGUGGUACGUGCACAAGAAGGGCAUUGCAAAGGUGAUUGCGUGGGGAAACACAUCUGACGAGGCGACUCCGGAGCCGCAGAAACCCAUCGCCGCCAUUCAACUCAACUUUACUCCCAACUUCUCCAUGCACAACGACGCCCACCUUCAGCGCAACUUGGACUACUUCCGCCAGGCGAAGGAGAACCAGUGCGUGGUGUGUGGGAACGCUCAGGAUUUGGUGCGGUUUGCCGUUGUGCCUCUGGCCUACAGGAAAUACUUCCCCAGCGUCUACAUGAGUCACAAUAGCUACGACCUUUUGCUUCUUUGUACGGCGUGCUUUGCUGUGACCCGACGGCUCUACGAAGAGGAGCGACAGCGCGUGGCGGUGGAUUUUGGUGUGCCUCUGGGCCACCUCACACAGAGGGAGUUGCAAUUGCGCCGUGCACAGCUGCAGCAGCUGAUGUCAACUACCACGAAUGGUUGUUGUGGCAGUGCUGGGGGUUGUAAUGGCAGCAGCAGCAGCGGAAGCAUAGCAGCCCGUGACGCAGAGGAAUUCCUUUUGCCGGCUCACAAGCUGCGCAUUAUGCAGGCGUACCUUGACAUUGAGGAGCAUCGUGAGGUGCUUUUCAACAUCUUCAAAUACGCCAAAGUCCUGUACCUCGCUCACGAGGAGCGCAAAGGGGCUAAGGAGGAGAGAAGAGCGGAAAACGGUUUUGUGGCGGUGAAGCAAACGUCUGUGAAGCCAUCGGCGAUCCCGCCAGAGCGUUUGAGACAGCUGUCAGCGUACAUCCGCCAGCACGCUGAACGGUACCCUUUCGCGAGGUGUGCGGCAGAGCAAGUAGCGCUCUUCACAGCUGAUGCGGCGUCAGAGGCGUCAGUCCGAUGCAUCCUUGAGGAGGGGGUGUCGCCCCGCGUUGUGUUGACGCGCUUCUGGCUGCGCGAACACCCAAAGGUCCGUGAGUUGUUCGGCCCCAUGACACGUCGUGGUGAACACCGCGACGACGCAAGUUUGCCAAAGCCGCUGGAGCAUGGAGAGAAAGAGGAGGACAACUUUGCUGUGGACAGCCAUGGCUUUUUAGUAGUCCAGGCAGUACUGCAGAAGUACGAGGAACACGACUGCAAGGGCCGGGACCACGCUGUGGGGGAGUUUAUUUACCGCUGGCGCACCGCCUUCCUGCGGGGGAUGCAGCCGAGGCAUCUGCCAAGCGGCUGGUCCGCUGAGGACGGGAUUCUGCUCGUUUAG